AGAAAAGCCGGCGCGGGGCGGGGCCUUUCGGCCGAGCCGUCGCAGCCGGUGCCCGCCCCGGCCCGCCAUGUACUACAAGUUCAGCGGCUUCACGCAGCGCCUCACCGGGGCCACGUCGUCCGCCGCCUACACCCCACAGGGACUCAAACCAUUAGCUCCCACUGAUUACCCACAUCUGAUUUUUGGGACAAGUAAACCUGCUCCAGGUUUAUCACCAGCUGAUUCUUUCUUGGGUAGAAACAAAGUGCCAGACCUACAGAAAGUUUUUCAGAGAUCAGAUGGACUGCCAGUACACCUGAAGCUAGGAUAUCCAGACAAGCUGCUCUAUCGGACCACGAUGGCUCUGACAAUAGGAGGGACUUUCUACUGUCUGGUAGCACUGUUCAUUGCCUCACAGCCAAAGAAACAAAAAUAAAUGAACCACACCUCAUGGGACUCUCAACACUCCACUGAAGGAUAUCCUGCAUGACCACUUUGCACUUAAAUCUGUUCCCUGUGAUCACAUAGGGAUCGUUAUUCCGAUCGGAUUUCUUGGAGAAAAUGUUUUAAAAUCUGUUGCCUUAUGUAUUCUAAAACACCAAUGUAAACAGAGAAAUACAAUAUUUUAACAUAUGGUUGUAGUUUUUCUUGUCUUGCAGGAGUUAAUAAACAGUUGGAGAAAGUUAA